AUGUGGAAGCCGGGACCUUAAACCCGGGGUUAUCUCUGAGAUGGAUCGGUACCUGCUGCUGGUGAUCUGGGGGGAUGGAAAAGUCCUGUCGGCGGCCGGUGGGGAGGUGGAUCACAGGCCAGGAGUGUCGUCGGUUGAGGGCACCGAUAAACGGCCCGACUUCACAGCAGCAAAUGUUUAUCACCUCCUGAAAAGAAGCAUUAGUGCUUCAAUUAAUCCAGAAGAUAGUACUUUUCCUGCCUGUUCAGUGGGUGGUAUACCUGGUUCCAAGAAGUGGUUCUUUGCAGUGCAAGCAAUAUGUCGAUUUUAUCAGUUUUGUAGUUCUGAUUGGGAAGAGAUACAUUUUAAUACAGAAAAAGAUGAAAUUGAAGAUGCCCUUCAAACAAAUAUUGAAGAAUGUUUGAAUGCUGUUGAAUGUUUUGAGGAAGAAGAUAGUAAUGGCAGGGAAUCAUUAUCAUUGGCUGAUCUAUAUGAAGAAUCUGCAGAAAAUUUGCAUCAGUUAUCGGACAAGCUUCCUGUGCCUGGUAGAGCAAUGAUAGAUAUAUUACUACUCCCCUCUGACAAAGAUCCUCCUAAAUUGAAAGACUGCUUCCCUGCCGUAGGAGCAUUAAAACAUUUGAAGGAAUGGUAUUCAGCAAAAAUUAUUAUAGCAGGAAAUCAUUGUGAAAAAAGUUGUCAAAAAAUUGCAGAAUACCUUUCUGCUAGUGUUGCAUCUUUAGAAGAUCUCAGAAAUGCUAUUGACUCAAAGGAGUUAUGGAGGGGAAAGAUUCAGAUAUGGGAGAGAAAGUUUGGAUCUGAAAUUAGCUUUCCUGGAUUUUGCUUAAAAGGAGUUACACCUAAGAAUUUUAUUACAUCUAAUUUAAAUACUUGUUUUCUUGCCAAAACGAUAAUACCAUCAAAGAAGAGUGUUUUGCCAAAGGUUUUCCAUUAUUAUGCCUCUGCUUUAGAAUUUGUGCAAAUGAUAAAAUUAUCAGAUCUACCCUCCUGCUAUAUGUCGGACAUUGAAUUUGAGCUAGGAUUGAUGCAAAACAAUACCAACCAGAAUUCCAUGUUGCUGUUGGAGCAGAUUUCUUCUCUGUGUGGCAAGGUUGGUGCUCUUUUCAUGUUGCCUUGUACUGUUAGUAACAUACUUAUUCCACCUCCCAACCAACUCAGUUCGAGAAAAUGGAAGGAAUAUAUAGCUAAAAAACCUAAGGUAGUCAGUGUUCCAGAUGUUGAAGUGAAAGGAGAAUGUUCUUGCUAUUAUCUCUUGUUACAAGGAAGUGGCAAUAGAAAAUGUAAAGCAACAUUGUUUCACUCAGCCAACCAGAUUAAUGGCUCAUUUGUACUCAAUUUAAUUCAUGGAAUGAUGAAAGCCAAAACAGAAGAAACCCAACUGAGCUUUCCUUUUGACUUCUUAUCACUUCCACAUUUUUCUGGGGAGCAGGUUCUACAGAGAGAGAAACAGUUAGCUUGUAUUCAAGCUUUGGCUUUGAAAGAAUGUCUGAAAAGGAGAAAAUUGGCAAAGCAGCCUGAAACAAUUUCUGUUAAAGAACUCAAAACUCUGUUAAUGCUCACAAGGGAAUCCUUUUUACAUCAUUUUAAUGUUAUUAUUCCUAAAACAAAUCUAAUAAAGACAGACAAAAUAAAAACCUUCAAUACAUUAAAUGACAACAGUCCAGUGAAACCUGACUUUCCAAGUGUAAUGGAAACCAAUCCUCUGGAAUGGCCAGAAAGACAUGUUCUUCAAAAUUUGGAAAUUUUUGAAAAAGCUAAACAGAAACUGAGAACUGGUUCAUUACCUCGGUCAUCUGAACAGUUGCUAGGACACAAAGAGGGUCCACGGGACUCAGUCACAUUAUUGGAUGCUAAAGAAUUGCUGAAACACUUUACCUCAGAUGGAUUACCAAUUGGAGAUCUUCAGCCUUUACAGAUUCAAAAGAGGGAAAAGACUUUUGUUCUGACACCAGAACUUAGUCCUCGGAAACUUGGUUUAUCUUUUGAAAAAGCCUCAGUUUGUCAUUAUCAUGGAAUUGAAUAUUGCUUGGAUGACCGAAAUGCUUUAGAAAGAGAUGGAGGAUUUUCUGAACUUCAAUCUCGUCUUAUUCGUUAUGAAACUCAAACUACCUGCACCAGAGAAGGUUUUCCAAUACCUACUGUGUUGAGCCCUCUUCCAUCUCCUGCAGUUUUGUCAGAGCCUGGAAGUGUCCCUGAUGGAGAAGCUUUACAGUGUGAACUCCGAACUGAAGUAUCCCAAUUUAAAAGGAGAUCAAAAGACCAGAAUUGCCUGUAUCCCAAAAAAAGACUUGUCAAGUCUGAAAGUUCAGAUUCUCUUCUUUCUCAACCAAGUGGCAAUAGUAAUCAUCAUCAUCAUGUAGUGACAUCCAGAAGACCCCAGAAAGAAUGGUCGUUAUCUAUGGCUUUUCCAUCUGUUCCAGUUCUUAGCUGUGAAACUCCAAAAGUCACUACAAAGUCCAUUUCAGGUCAAACAAAUGUGCAAGAAUCAAAAAGAUCAAGGCAAAUUAAGGAAUCAAGGUCACAGAAACACACACGGAUACUGACAGAAGUAGUUACUGAAACCCUGAAGAAACACAGUAUUACUGAGGCUCAUGAAUGUUUUACUGCGUGCAGCCAGCGUCUCUUUGAAAUCUCUAAGUUCUAUCUAAAGGAUCUUAAAACUUCAAGGGGUCUAUUUGAGGAAAUGAAGAAAACUGCAAACAGCAAUGUUAUACAGGUGAUUGAAUGGGUAUUAGAAAAGACAAGCAAGAAAUGACCCAGAAUCAUUCUUUUUGGACAAUAAUAAGUUGGGUAGAAAUAUUAUUUACUGCUUCCUUCCUUAGUUUGAAAAUUAUAAACAAACUGUAAGCAUUACUCAAAGCAUAGAUGUUAAAUUUCUGAAGAAUUUCAUAAAUAUCCUAUAUUUAAUAUAGAUUUGGGGAUACCCAGUUAAUGUAUUUUUAAUUGUAUUCUUAUUUUAUAAGUCUCACUGUAUUUUAAUUUUAAAGCAAAUAUUUUUAUAUUUGUUUUUAUUUUCCUUUUUGGUAUUUAAUUAUAAUAAAUAGA